CGGGAAAGAAGCCCGUUUGUUAUCCGUUCGCCCGCAACGCAACACGGCCACCGCAGCUUCCUCUCGCCUGAGCCGAGCCUCCCUCCCCUCCGCCGCAGCCGCCGCGCCAUGGCCCCGUCGCCCACCCGCCUCCUCCACCUCCCCCUCCUCGCCCCGAAGCCCUCGCCGCCGCGGUGUCUCGUCAGCCGCCGGAGUCGGCCCCGGCCUGCCGGCGACGCCGCCCGCUGCGGCUGCGCCACGGAGGCAGGUGGCGGCGGUGGCGGUGGAGGCUCCGUCGUCGUCGAGGAUGAUCUCUAUGAGCUCCUGCAGGUUCUACCAAGAGAUUUGCGAGAUAAUCUGCAGAAUGAACCUAGAAAGGAUCAGCUUUUAGAGGUUAUUCUGGAUUUGGGGAGACGACCUGAGGCACGUUUCCUUGGUGACUCUGGUGGCCAAUAUCUACGGGACAGUGAGAUCUCACAGCAAGAAUUGGAGGAGGCGCAGAGAGCUGUAGGAGAAUUUGGAGGUGACAAUCGUGCAGGAAUCGAAGGUACAUUACAUAGAAUAUCUGCCAUAAGGAGCAGAAAAGGAAUGGUUGUUGGUUUAACCUGUCGAGUUGGCCGUGCCGUUACUGGGCAUGUUGAUAUGGUCCGUGAUCUCUUAAAUUACAAAGAAAGCAUUUUGUUUCUUGGAAGGCCUGGGGUUGGCAAGACUACUGUUAUGCGUGAGAUUGCACGUGUUCUAGCAGAUGAAUUUCAGAAAAGAGUGGUAAUUGUGGAUACAAGUAAUGAGAUUGGUGGGGAUGGAGAUAUUCCUCAUGCUGCGAUUGGUGGUGCAAGAAGAAUGCAAGUAGCUCAACCAUCAAUGCAGCAUAGAGUGAUGAUUGAAGCAGUCGAAAACCAUAUGCCUGAGGUGGUUAUUGUAGAUGAGAUAGGUACUGAAGCAGAGGCGCAAGCUUGUCGAUCAAUUGCAGAAAGGGGUGUGAUGCUUAUUGGUACAGCUCACGGAGAACAUCUCGCAAACAUUAUAAAGAAUCCAACUUUAUCUGAUUUGAUUGGAGGAGUAGAAACUGUCACUCUUGGUGAUGAAGAGGCCCGUGCUCGCCGCAGUCAGAAAAGUAUUCUGGAGAGGAAGGCCCCUCCAACAUUCCCUUUCCUUAUUGAGAUGAGGGAGCGACACUACUGGGUAACUCAUCGGACUGAAAGGAGUGUGGACAUGUUACUUCAUGGCAAGAAACCACUUGUUGAGGUCAGGAAAAGGGAUAACAAGUUUCAGGUUGUCAUUGAAAGAUGGGCAACGUAUGAUGGAGAUGGACUCUGAAAUUCUGAAUAUGAGCUUACCUGUUACAGUUGCUUUUAUCAAACUGCAUGUUCCCGUCCCUCAGGAUCCCUGUGGACUAAUGUAUACUUAUUCAGCGUGUUGUUGGUAUUGAUUCCAAAGACUUGUCAAGUUAUAGUACUGCUACUCCGGCAAAGGAACUGGUGCUGUUCAUUGAGAGAUGCUGAGUCAUGGUUGGUUCAUUGGUUGACAUCAGGGAGUAACUGCCAUUGCUACAUUUCCCAGCAAGAGAUAAAGAGGCUUUCCUGCAUGGCCAAGUGUGCCCUUGCUUGUUACUACAUGUUAGUGCCAACAGCAUCUGUCCUUGCUGUGGCAGGGCUUCACAUGCCUGUGGCAUGCAUAUGCAUGAGCAUGAUUGAUCUCUUGCACAAAGAGACAGACAAUGGCUUAUUUCUUGUAGUCCACUCCUAAACCUGGAUUCAGUCAACUUUGCAUAUACACAUCAGUGUGUAUAUAUGAUCAUCAAAAGUUGUAUAAGUAGUUUGUUUGCCCUUGAUCAUUUUUCUCUCCCUCAUCUAUACUCUUUUUCCUUGAACUGUUCUUUCAUGUAACAAGAAAUGCAUAAUCUUACCUCCUUCAGGAAUGAGGGUUCUUGGUACAACAAGAAAUGAGGUUUCUUGCCUCAAAGGGAACUUUGCUUCAGGAAUGCAUCAUCUUAAUUUCUGAUAUCUCUUGGUACCUCAACACUAAAAUGAUAGUAUUAAGAGGUAAAAAAUCACAGUUAAAAAUAUGAUACCUUCCUGUGACACCUAGCCAAAUUAAUGCAGAUUUUGGAGGCAGGGUGAGCAUCACCAACAGAUUACCUAUAAUCUUUCCCCAAAAAAUUGUUUUUGGAUUUCCUAAAUUGAAAAUAGGAAGUAAAAAAACUCUUCCCUCCAAUAGAUUCAAUUCCAAAACUUAAAAAUGAUCCUUCUGUUAAAUUACUAAGAGAAAAUUUUUCUUUCACGCACAGAAAGAUCACUAUCUCCGACGCGCGGGAACGGGAGGAGAGAGGCGGGAGUGCUAGAUUGGGAGCGAGUUUCACGCCCGCAUAUAAACGGAGCGAGGAAUCAGGAGUAGGGAACUCCAAAACUCGGGUAGGAGAGUAGGGGAUCUGUUGGAGCUGUUUUUUAGACUAAAAUCUCUCAAAAUCAGUUUUGGGAAUCAGAUAGGUAGACUGUUGGUGAUGCUUUUAGGUUGUUACACUCCCGAUACCUAAUCAUGGGCCGUAAUGUAAUACUAUUCUAUUAGAAACUACAACCUUACUAAUUA